AUGGCCAUGGCGUCCCCGGCCAUCGGGCAGCGUCCCUACCCGCUGCUCUUGGACCCAGAACCGCCGCGCUACCUGCAGAGUCUGAGCGGCCACGAGCCGCCGCAGCCGCCGCCCCCCGGCCGCUCCUCUCGCCGCUGCGCCCCCGCUCCCCUCUCCACUGCGCGCGGGGCGCACGAGGGGCGCGGCGCCCGGAGGGCUGCCCGGGGGGACCCGGAGCCCCAACCUCGGGCCUCCCGACCCGCUCGCCCUCUCCGGCCUGGUCUGCAGCAGAGGCUGCGGCGGCGGCCUGGGGCGCCCCGGCCCCGCGACGUACGGAGCAUCUUCGAGCAGCCGCAGGAUCCUCGCGUCCCGGUGGAGCGAGGCGAGGGGCACCGCUUCGCCGAACUGGCGCUGCGGAGCGGCCGGGGCUGGUGUGACCUGUGCGGACGAGAGGUGCUGCGGCAGGCGCUGCGCUGCGCUAACUGUAAAUUCACCUGCCACCCGGAGUGCCGCCAUCUGAUCCAGCUGGACUGCAGUCAGCAGGGAGGCCCAUCCCAGGACAGACCCUCUCCAGAAAGCACCCUCACUCCAGUCUUCAGCCAGAAUGUCUGUAAACCCCCGGAGGAGACGCAGCGCCCGCCCACACUGCAGGAGAUCAAACAGAAGAUUGACAGCUACAAUACCCGGGAGAAGAACUGCCUGGGCAUGAAGCUGAGUGAAGAUGGCACCUACACGGGUUUCAUCAAAGUGCAUUUGAAACUUCGGCGGCCAGUGACCGUGCCUGCUGGGAUCCGGCCCCAGUCCAUCUACGAUGCCAUCAAGGAAGUGAACCUGGCGGCCACCACGGACAAGCGGACGUCCUUCUAUCUUCCUCUGGAUGCCAUCAAGCAGCUGCACAUCAGCAGCACCACCACGGUCAGUGAGGUCAUCCAGGGGCUGCUCAAGAAGUUCAUGGUUGUGGACAAUCCCCAGAAGUUUGCACUUUUUAAGCGGAUACACAAGGACGGGCAAGUGCUCUUCCAGAAACUCUCUAUCGCUGAUUGCCCCCUGUACCUGCGCUUGCUGGCUGGGCCUGACAAUGACGUCCUCAGCUUUGUGCUCAAGGAGAAUGAAACUGGAGAGGUGGAGUGGGACGCCUUCUCCAUCCCUGAGCUCCAGAACUUCCUCACGAUCCUGGAAAAAGAGGAGCAGGACAAAAUCCAACAAGUGCAGAAGAAGUAUGACAAGUUUAGGCAGAAACUGGAGGAGGCCUUAAGAGAAUCCCAGGGCAAACCUGGGUAACCGGUCCUGCUUCCUCUUCUGGUGCCCGCGGAUUUAUUUUUAUGAUUAUUAUUUUGCAACAGACACUUUUUCUCAGGACACCUCCGGCGGGUGCAUUUGUGCCCACCUGGCAGUUCCAGAUGUGGCACAAAACCUCUGAGGGGCGCAGGUGCGCGCGGGCCAGGCGCUGCCUGCCGCUCGCUGCUGAGGAGGGGGAUGGGGGACAGAGCAGCCUCAGUCCUGGGUGAUCCUCCCGGAAGCCAACCGGCUGCCUCUGUCAUCACCGAACCGCAAUUGUUCGCACCAGCCGGUAAAGGAAAGAAGAAAGGUUUUAGAGCUG